UUGCUCGGUGCGUGCGACUGGCCCAGCCCCUCUUUCCUUUUCCUCUCUUCUGCUCUCCCGCCGGGCGCCUGAGGGAGAGUUACUUAGCGGUUCUGAGGAGCCGCUGUUGUUUCGGCAGGGGAAAAACCGCCGCCCGCGAACCGCCGAGCUCCCUCUCUCUUCCCAGCCUCUCUCUCUCUCUCUCUCUCUCGCUAUGGCCAAGGAGGAGAAGAAGCCCUUCAGCCAGUCUAUGGCCGAGUGGCGGCGGUUCAUCUACAACCCCAACAGCGGCGAGUUCCUGGGGCGAACGGCCAAGAGCUGGGGCUUAAUUCUGCUGUUUUAUCUUGUAUUCUAUGGCUUCUUAGCUGCACUCUUUACAUUCACAAUGUGGGUUAUGCUUCAAACAUUGCGUGAUGAUAUACCCAAGUAUCGUGACCGCAUUUCUAGUCCAGGACUAAUGAUUUCACCAAAGCCAGAUACUGCACUGGAAUUUUUCCUGAGCAAAAAUAAGUCAGCAAGUUACACUGCUUAUGUGACAAAACUUCACGAAUUUUUAGGAGCGUAUAAUGAAUCAAAGCAGGUGGAUAACAUCCCAUGUACUCCAGGACAACUCUUUGUACAGGAUUCUGAUGCUGAAAAAAAAGUAUGCAAAUUUAAUCGUUCUAACUUGGGACCAUGCUCUGGACUACAAGAUGCAACUUUUGGUUAUGCUAAAGGAACACCAUGUGUUAUUGUAAAAAUGAAUAGAAUAAUUGGAUUAAAACCUCAAGGAAUGCCAGCUAUAACAUGUGAAGCUAAGGAACAAGGCAAGGCUAUGAUAACUACUUUUCCUCCUGAGGGAAAACUUGAUUUAAUGUAUUUCCCAUACUAUGGAAAAAGAUUACAUCCAAACUACUUACAGCCACUAGUAGCUGUUCAACUAGAAUUUAACACAACCAAUACCAAAGAUGAUGUAACGGUUGAAUGCAAGAUCACAGGAUCAAGCAAUUUAAAAAAUGAAGAUGAUCGUGACAAGUUUCUGGGACGCGUUUCCUUCAAAUUUCUGAUAACUGAAUAGAAGUCAACAGUGUCUUCACAAAGUAAACCUUGUGUGAUUUUUUUUUUGUAUCAGCGGGACCUGCCAUUCUAGAAGAUGAGACCACCUUUGAGAAGCAUAGGGUGGGACGUGGCAUUCAGGGUAGCAUAAUAAUGUGCUUCCAAAUCAUGUUUUAAAUCCUUCACAAAAUAACUGCAUGUCAUGCUUUUGCCUGCCCUGUUGGACCAGUGUACAGACAUAGUUUGUCAUUUUAGGGACCUGUAAAUAACUUGUAAUCAUGGUGGUCUUUGUCCUGUUCCAAAAUGUGGGCUUUAUCCCCAAGUGAGUGUCUCAAAUGUGCUGUGCUAUGUAAAUAUUGUAUUGGUUUAACACUGGUUUAACUAUCAUAUCAAUACCAACACAGUUUUAGGAGAAAAUUUCAAACUUCCCAACCUCUCAUAGUGAGUUGUGUUUUGUGCAGGGAUGCCUUAAGUCCUGUAUUGGGUUGGAGGAAGUGGACUUUAAGUGUCAAAAAUCAAUACUAACAUUAUUUAAAUACUGAACUAGUCUGUUGUGCUUGUCAUCAUGCAGGUAUUGUGUGUUUGUGUAAAGUUUGGUCUAGAUUUGAUAUUUUAGUUGAGAAACUGAUUGUCAUCGUAUUAAAUGCUUGCUGUUAUGUGGAGCACAGAUAAAACCAAUACAAUGUCACUUUUAAAACAUUUUUAGUUGAGAACUAUUGGUAUGAACAUUUCUUUAUGUUUAUGGUUUAGAAAAUUGGUAAUGGUUGUACUGCAAAGCUGCUUGGAAGAAAAGACCUCACUAUGUGGGAGUAGACUUACACUUUCCAAUAAAAAAAAAUCCCUGGAAGGAGAAAUGUCUGUUUAAAAUUUUAAAGCUCAAAAUAAGGACUGUAUUGAUUAAACAUUCCUUUGUUUAAUUUA